UGAAAAUUGUAGCAGAAGAAAAAAAAGGGAAAAAAGAAAAAGCCGUUGCAUUAGUGGGGUUUUGCGUUGCGGCGUAUAAGGAAAACGGCUUAAAACCCUGAACGGAGGAGAAGAAGGAGGAGGACCAACCACUCAUUCAUUCACAACACAGACGCUGUGUUCUCGCCGGAGACACCGUCAGUCACUGUUUUCGCCAUGGGAGCUCUUCCCACCGUUUUCCCGUGGACUCGUGAGGACGAUUUUCUCCUCAAAAACGCCGUUGAGUCUGGUGCUUCCUUGGAAUCACUGGCGAAAGGCGCAGUGAAGUUUUCUCGAAGAUAUAGUAUUAAAGAAAUACAAGAUAGAUGGUAUUCUAUCCUCUAUGAUCCUGUUGUAUCUGCGGAAUCUGCUGCAACCAUGGCAGACUUUGAGACUCGUGCGACGCCUCUCCCGUCAAGGUUUUUUAAUUUUGGGCAUUCGAAAGGACGUAAAUCUGUUUCUGUAAGGAGUAAAUGUAAAAGUGUCCGUUCUUCUUAUUAUGCCAUGCGGAAGAGGUUACGCAAGGACUCGGCAACUUCCAUGGACUUCAAUUUUCUAGUUGAUCCGGAAAAUGGCGAUUACGGGCUGAACGGAAGCGAGCCUUUGCCUGAAAAUAGCAUACCCGAUGGUGCAACUUCGAAUCACUUUUCAGAUCUUGAUCCGGCGCAAUGCGUUUUUCCUGAAAAUAUGAUUGAUGGUAAUGAUGCAAUUGAUGGAGAUACUGAUCGUGUGGUUUACCCUGGAGCUGACCAUGCAGUUGAAGACAAUCUUCCCAUUGAGCAAAAUAGUAUACUUGAGGAAGGAUUGCAAAUUCGUGGUGAUGAUGUGUCUUUGAAUGGAGCUGCUGAGGAAUUGGGGGUUCCAGAAAAUAUGGAUGUAGAUAACUUGAUUGGAGAUGAUAAUAUGCGUUUAUCUGCAUUGGAUCAUGUCGACAAUGAUCAUGAAAAUUUGUGUUCUGCGUUUUAUGAAAAUAAUCUGUUUGAUUCACCUGAGUUAGAGUGUGGGACAUCAUUUAACGCCUUACCAUUAUCUCCGCUGCCUGAAGUGCCUGAAAUGACUGAAUUAUGGAGAACAGAUGAGAACAUUCCAGUAGUUAAUUUUCAGUAUGAUGGUGGUUUAAAAGAUUCUGUUGCUUGCGGUCUGGCUGACCUGUCUAAUGAACUGGAAUUUGAUGAUGAUGAACUGUUUUUGAUGAAUGGUGAUAGAAAAGAUGGGAUUGAUAAGGCUUACUAUGAUGAUUUAAGUUUGCUCUUGCGAUAUCCUCCAAUGGAUGUUAGUCCAGAUCAGGUACCUGAAAAGGCUGAAACAGAGUUGUUAUUGGACUCACAUGCCCAUGUUGCAGAUCUUUCAGUUCCAUGCCAUGCAAAAGUAGAUGAUAACUCGGAGUCGCAAUGCAGUAGUGUGCAAGUAGUUCACAAAAUAGAGUUCCAAAUGCCACCUUCUGCCUCAGCUAAAGAUCCUCAUUUUCCUGAACUAGUUAACGGAGUUAUUAACUGUGUACUGAAUACUGAGGACCCAGAAGUUCCAUCCAAUGAUGACGUUUUCCUACCCUUUGAUGUGCCUCAGUCAACAUUUUCUCAUUCACAUAAAUCAAAAUCUAGAGAAUUCAGUAAAUCAAUUCCGUCAACUUCUCAUGAUUAUGGAUUUAGUAAUCAUAGAGCUAGUGAAAGAGGUAAAACUUUGAUGCAGGUUGAACAAAAAAACUCCAGACAGCCUUCUCAGAUGAUGGGAUCUCAACUCCCAGGGCCUGUUUGUGGUUCUAAGGUAAAAUGUGAGUUGCCCUAUGGUCAUGCAUCACACACAGUGUCUAGGAGUGCAGUUAUUGUUUCUGGUGGCUUAGUUGGAAACAAUAAUGCUGCAAACACAACCAAUGCUCCUCUGCAUGAAAAUACAAAGGAAGAGCCUACCAAGGUUGGCUUGGCAAAGCAUCUGAGCAAUUGUGCGACAAAUUCUUUGAUUGAGAAACCAGGCGUUGGUUCUAAUGACUUGAGGAACCAUCCUAAACCUAAUGGUUCUAGCAUACAACAGGAACAAGAUGUAGCCUUGUCACUUGAAAAUCAUCAAUUGCAACAUACUGAAAUGGGAUCCUCAGAUGUUCCUGAGGAGGACGAGGAUUCUAUAGAAAGUGAUGAUGAUGUUCCUUAUUAUUCUGAUAUAGAGGCAAUGGUACUUGAUAUGGACUUGGAUCCUGAUGAUCAGGAUUUGUAUUAUAAUGAGGAAGUAUCAAGUUAUCAGCAUGAGGAAACUAAGCAAGCUAUCGUAAGGCUGGAACAGGGUGCUGAUUCUAUUACGCAGAGGGCCAUUGCUUCACAUGGAGCAUUUGCUAUUUUAUAUGGUCGCCGCUCAAAGCAUUAUAUUAAGAAAGCCGAGGUUUUACUUGGACGAGCAGCAGAAGGUGUUCCUGUGGACAUUGACUUGAGCAGAGAAGGGAAUGCCAAUACAAUAUCUCGACGUCAGGCAAUUAUAAAGAUGGACAAAGAUGGAUCUUUCUACAUUAAAAACUUGGGCAGGAGUUCAAUCCUUGUAAAUAACAAAGAAGUGCGCACUGGUCAGUGUCAAAGACUGCAUUCCGAUUAUCUGAUUGAGUUGAAGAGCAUGCCAUUCAUAUUUGAGACAAAUGAAAGUUGUGUGAAGCAGUUCCUGGAGCAUAUGACUGACAAUGGAGUGUAAUUGUAAAUGGUAGCAAGAGGUCCACUAACACAGAAGGUGCUUCUUAUUUCUUCUGCACUUUCUGAUUUUUGCUAAGGAGUGACCCUGCUAUUGCAUGUCAAUACUUUUAUUGGUGGAAUGGAAAACUUCUGCAGCUCUUCACUAUUCUUCCCCAUGUUCCUUUGCCUGUGAAGGUUGAUGAUUCUUCAACCCCAAAGUUCUGAUAUGGCAAAUUCAUCCCAACCCUGAGUGCUUCUUGUCACCGCCAAUGCUGAAUCUGAAACUUUAUUGCUUAUGCAAGUGCAAAGGACGCAUACUACUGUUUGAACAGCAUUUUCUUUCUUAAAUCUUUGAGCAAUUUUACCUUACAUUAUAUUUAGAAGCAUAAACAGCAAUCUGUUAGUUGAAAAUUACUGCUUUUGGAUUCGAGAAUCGGUUGAGUUCAAUUUUGAAAUAUUUCUAUUGACUAA